GAUAACAUUGAUAUUCGUUUUUGUGUUAUCGAUAAAGUAAAAUGACAUUGAAUUUUAUUUUCCACAAUUUUACUUAUUAAGCAUAAAAGUAAUAAACUUAUCUAUACAAGAAACAAUUAUUUGAGUCAAACAAUUAAUAUAUAAAAUUGACCAGAAAAUUCGCCUUUUUGUGUUUUGUAUAUAUACUCUACAAAUACGUGAGGUGACUACAUAGUUAUUAAUACAUUGAAAUUUGUAAUAUACAUUCUUCGUAGGAUAGAAUGAAGAGGCACUUGAGUACUUCUUACGUUGUGUGAUCUGCUCAGAUAAAUUAAGAGCUUGGUUUCAUUUGGAGAUAAUGGUCAGUAUCAAACAUCUAAUCGAAGAGUGUACUGAGUGCUUCUUUAUGACAUUUCUUCCAAACGGAACUAUUUGUCUGAGCAGACCGUACGCAUAUUUUGCCAAAUGACAGAACGAAUGUAUUUUCGUUGGCGUAUUCGUUCCAAAAAGUAUGUAAAAGUUUCGUUAAUUCCUGUCGAGUAAAUAUAUCCACGUGAUAUUAAAUAAUUAUAUAUUUCAUAUUUGCUAUCAUUUACAAGUAUUGUAAUGCACGUGACAUGUAUGAAAUUUUCUUUUUCUUAAUUAAGAUUAAUAGGAAAACGUCAAGAAUGACAGUAACCCUAGGAUUUCUUUCAUUUUGACAAAUGCAUACUAGUAACUUUUUAUUCAUUCAAACUCUAGUUCAAUAGAGUCUAAACAAUACAAAGACAAAAAAGAGAACAUAUGCUACAUAUUUGAACAUAUUUUGAAAAAUCUUUAUUGCAAUUUUUCAUUUUGAAAUUUAUUAUGUGAAAAUUCUAUAUUAUUCAAACUAUCUACUAUUGUUUUUAUUUGUAACACUUUUAUUGGAAAUUGUUCUUUUUUCAUAAAAAUAGAAAAAAAACAAAAGGAAAAUAAUUAAAGAAAUUUGCAAAAUCACAGAUUACCCGUAAUCAAAUUUAUAUGUAUUUGUGUACACGAAUAUGAAUAUUAUAUAGAUGACUGGUAAUAAAGGUUAGGCGCCGUCACUGAGAACGUGACUGGUCACCACGCCGUGUAAAAGAAAGACCUAUACUAUUUCCGAAUAUAUUGUGCUUUUAAGGCACACUCUUGAAUCUGUUGGUAUCGCUGCUGGUAUAUUGCAAAUUUACGAACAGAAAAACACGUGUGAGCACGCAACGUAUACUAAAAUGGGUGAUUCAAAGACUCAACAUGGUACACAGGAGAUGAAAGGCUGGCUUUUUAAAUGGACUAAUUAUUUGAAAGGUUAUCAACGAAGGUGGUUCGUCCUGUCAAAUGGCCUACUGUCGUAUUACAGGGCUGAACCAACAGGGGGGCCAAAGAUAUCAACACGACGCAAGCGGAAGGCUGGCAGAGCCUCCGAAAAUCCCGCGGAGAUGUCGCACACGUGCCGCGGCACAAUAUCCUUACACGGGGCCUUAAUACACACCGUGGACGCUUGCACAUUCGUUGUGAGCAACGGUGGUACGCAAACCUUCCAUAUCAAGGCAGCGACAGAGGUAGAACGUCAGCAAUGGGUCACGGCCCUUGAGUUGGCGAAGGCCAAGGCUAUCCAGGCCAUGGAAUCUGAAGAAGAGGAGGAGGAAUUUCAGGAUAAUGAUAGUCAAAAACCAGAACAAGUCUCUGUAAAGGAUCUAUCACAACGUUUAGAAAAUUUACAAGCCUGUAAUGAUUUAUUAGUAAAAAAAGGGACAAUGCUUCAGCGGAUCUUAAACGAGCUUGAAGCGUUGGAGCCUCCAUCGGCCGAAUUAGGGACAAAAAUAAAGACAGUCAGUGAACGAGCCACACUCUUUCGCAUCGCAGCCAGUGCUAUGGUUAAUGCAAGCAAUGAAUAUUUGCAAUUAGCGCAGCAACAAGAACCAAAAUGGAAAAAGAUGCUGCAACAUGAGCGCGAUCAGAAAGUACGAAUAGAAAAAAUGGUAGAACAAUUGGCUAGGCAGCAUUCUCAUUUGGAAGAAGCUGCACAACAUGCCUUACCUUCGGCAGUUCCAACUGGAGGACACAGAACUUCGCAUACAACAGUUACAACUUCUCCAUCAGAAGACGAAGAAGAUAAUGCAGAAUUUUAUGAUGCACAAGAAUCUGAUACUUUUACCUUAAGUAUACCUGGUGUUCCGACAAAUAAUUCAAGAGAUCGAACUGAUUCGCAAGGUAGUGACGAUGGCUCUAGUUCAGAAGGAGAUCAGACACCUUUACCUUUAUCAGAGACUGCUACUACAAAUUCUUUUCGCAUUGUGACCGAUUCUACAGUAGUAACUCCAGUCACUGCUCCUAAUACUGACAAUCUGGAUAAUACAAAUUGGGAAUCCAAUAAUGGCUGCACUGGCAGCACCGGGGUAACAGGUUAUAGGCGAAAACGGAGAACUAGGGUACCUGAAAAACCAAAUUAUCCAUUAAAUUUAUGGAGUAUUAUGAAAAAUUGCAUUGGCAAAGAUUUGUCAAAAAUUCCAAUGCCUGUCAAUUUUUCUGAACCACUUAGUAUGCUUCAACGGCUUACAGAAGAUUAUGAAUAUGCAGAUAUUCUUGACAGGGCAGCAGAAUGUAAAGAUAUCUGUGAACAAAUGGCUUAUGUUGCUGCAUUUACUAUAUCUAGUUAUUCUACAACUGCUUCCAGAACUGGCAAACCUUUUAAUCCUUUAUUAGGUGAAACGUAUGAAUGUGAUCGCGUUGAAGAUUUAGGAUGGCGUGCGAUUUCAGAACAAGUAUCUCAUCAUCCUCCAAUGUUAGCGCAACAUUGCGAGGGUCGAAACUGGCGUUGUUGGCAAGAAUUUACUAUGGCAUCUAAAUUUCGUGGGAAAUAUCUCCAGGUAAUACCAUUAGGAACUGCUCAUCUUGAAAUUGAUGGUACACAUCAUUACACAUGGCGAAAAGUUACUACCACUGUACACAAUAUUAUAGUAGGAAAAUUAUGGGUUGAUCAAAGUGGUGAUACAGAUAUUGUGAAUCAUAAAGAAGGUAUCAAGUGCCAUUUGAAGUACACGCCCUAUUCGUAUUUUUCGAGAGAUAGUCAACGUAAAGUAAAAGGAAUAGUUAUGAAUUCAGACAAUGAAGUUAAAUGGGUAGUACAGGGUACAUGGGAUUCAAAAAUAGAAAUCGCUCCCGUGAUUAGUACAUCUGGCACACUAGAUAAUCCAGUAUACAAAACAGGGCCUUAUAUACUUGCCUGGAAACGUCGUAUGCCUUGUGAAGAUAGUGAAAAGUAUUACAAUUUUACCGAAUUAGCAUGUCAACUUAAUGAACUUGAAGAAGGCGUAGCUCCUACAGAUUCCCGAUUUAGGCCUGAUCAACGAUUAAUGGAAAAUGGUGAAUGGGACAAAGCGAAUGCAGAAAAACUUCGAUUAGAAGAAAAACAAAGAGCUUCUCGACGUGCACGGGAACACGAAGCUGAAAAAGCAGCCGCUCAAGGUUUACCAUAUGAAACUUAUGAACCUUUAUGGUUUAAGAAAGAGCAGGAUCCAUACACGGACAGUCUGUGCUAUGUAUACAAUGGUGAAUAUUGGGAAUGUAAGAGUAAAGGUGAUUGGUCACGAUGUCCAAACAUAUUUUAGCUUAAUAUAUAAUUAUAUCAAUAUUGUGACCGUCAAUAUACAAUGCAGAAGUGUUUGGAUUUAUUUUAAGUGAAGAUAGUUGAUUUUAGAAAUCACUGCUUCUAAAAAAAUGCUGACAUGAUAUGACAUGAUAUAGUGGGAUUGUUAGGGGACAUGAUUUAAUCAUUAUUUCUUCCAAAGAACUGGUCGAAGUGGUAGAAGAUGGCAUUCUAAUUUGAAACUAGCGUUUUUAUAGUAUGUCAUUAUCUCCAUUCUCCUACAUAUCCUUUAUCUGUUUAUAUUACCGCUGCAUCCCUCUUUUAUUCAUUUUUCUAAAUAACCAAAAACAUUUGCGUAUAAUCCACAUGGCCCAAUUAAUGCUUUGCAAACAAUAUUUGUACAGAUUCAAAAAUUUUCUGUAUUUUUUAUUUGUUUUUAUUAAGGUAAAUGUGCCGUAAUAUUUUCACUAAAAAUUUAAAUAUGAUUAAUAAGCAAAUUUAUUAAAAUUUUGUGAAUUCAGUUUAUAACUGGAAUAGCAUAUAUAAUAAGAUAAAUAAUUUUUAACACAAGAACAUUAAUACAUUACAAAUUAAAACCAUAAUGGGAAUUUAAGUUAAAUAUGAAAACUUACUUAAUACAACUACAGUAUUCGUAAUUUGUUUCAAACAAAUUUAGAUAUAUUUAAAUAUUUUUAUUUUUAGAAAUGGAACUGAAUUUAUAAGUUCCAAAAAACCGAUAACAGCAACUUCGAGAAAUUGCCAUAACUUUCUAAUAUUCGAUUAUUAUAUAUACAUCGCGAAAAGUACUUACAUAGAUUAUAAAAUGUAUUUUUGAUGCUUGACGCGAUGAUAAAAAUAUCUAAAAAUUGAAAAAACUUUUCAAUUAGUAUUGCUGAGUAAAUUAUAAAAACUAUUCGCGUUGUAUGUGACUAAAGCCUUAUUGAAUUAUUUAAAGUAGAUAUUGAUAGGUAAUACAUUUUUACAUAUUGGUUAUUUACACGUAUGGUGCGGCCAGACUGUUCAUCGACUGCCACGUCUUAACCUUUGCACAAAAAAUGGGAUAAGAAGCGGCAUUCGUUUAUGUUAAUACGACAAUCUGCAACCGCUAUGAAAGAAAUGUUCCUGCAGAUAAAAUGUUCAUAACAACGAGAGAAUUCAGUAUGUUGAGAUUUCAUCUCAAUAAUUCAUGCAAAAAUGGUAGUUUUAUUAGUAACAUGCGACAAAAUAAGAAAGAAGAAGCAGAUAAUAUAAAUGGAUAUGCUUCCAAAUUUCUGCAAUUUUCCGUGCAGACGUAGAGAGACUCUUGAAUGUUCCACAAAAUAUUGACUGGUUAUCUAACCAGCCUAAUUACUAUACACUCCGUCGAGCUAAUGUUACAAAACAUAAUCAAUAUUAUUACGGGAAGAGUGUAAGGAGAAUUUAAAAUCAUGUUGAAGGGCUUAUAAAUUGUAGUAAAUUCUUUUCUUUUAUAAUUUUUUUAAAUAAUGCUUCAACUCAGAACAUUAACAUUCGUUAAAGCCGAAAUCCUUUUCUCCAAUUACAUUAUGUAGACACGCACACAUUCAUACACAGGUACAAAUCGCGCGAAUGUUGCGUACGUACGUACGUAUGUAUGUAUGUUGUAUGUAUGCGUGCUUGUAUGUAUGUAUGUGUGUGUGUAUGUAUGUAUGUAUGUAUGAUGCAUGCAUGCCCGUAUGUACAUAUAAUAAUUAAUAAAACCCAUUGUAUAUCCCUCUUAUGAGCACAUCAUACAGUUGUUCCGUUCAUAGUAUUUGUAUAUUGACAACUACAUAUUUCAGUCUGUAUAGGGCGAUAUUAAACGGAACAUCUAGCUUGCAACCAAUGUUUACAAUGAUUGUUAUAAUUAAGUAUUUGGCUGUAUUAUAAUUUUAAUAGUUGAUUAUAAUCGGAUAUAUCUGUAUACAUAUAUAUAAAUACAAAUUAACUAUAAAAUAAAUAAUUUAAAGAAAAUACAAUAAGACGGAUAGAACAGAUGUUUGAAUUAAGUAGUGCUUGUACAUUAGCUAUUCGUGUGGAACGAUAAAUACAAUAUGCUUCGCAAAAUCGAAGAUAUCUUCGUAGCAUUCACAUAAUUGCCGUUUGGCAUUUCCUAUGUAACACCCGUUGGUCGCACAAAUGGUGCAAUUAUUUAUACGAUAAAUAACCGUAGUAUUUUGUUCCAUUAAAGAAAUUGUAUUGAUUUAUUGUAACAAAUUAAAAACAAUCUUGAACGGGUAA